UGCAUCCACUAAUAAAGCGUAUCUCUUCCCCUCUUCAGGAGUUCGCGUGGUGGCGCCUGCAGCCCACGCCCCUCAGACGGUGCAGGUCGCGUCCUCAGCCCUCCACCCCCCGCAGGAGCACAAACCUAGCUGGCGCUCCGACAGAACAAGCAGCAACAGCGGCACCAACAUCAUCGGCAAGCCCGGAGCUAGCAUGAGCGACAGCAGCAGCAGCCCCGUGGAGCCCAUCAAGCCCCUGCUGGACCUGAGCCUCGGAGACAGCAGCGGCUCCCUCACCGUGCCGCUCCAUCCCGUGUUUGACGAGGCGGCGCCCCUCAACGUGUCCGCCAUGACGGGGAACACGGCCUACCUACACUGCCUCGUGCACAACCUCGGCAACAAGAGCGUGUCAUGGAUCAGGCAGCGGGACCUCCACAUCAUGACGGUGGGCCGCUACACUUACACGACCGACCAGCGCUUCGAGGUCAUCAACUCCCCGGGCUCCAAGGACUGGAUUCUCAAGAUCAAGUACGCCCAGGUCAGGGACUCCGGGAACUACGAGUGCCAGGUGUCCACGAAGCCCGUCAGAACCUUUGUGGUGCACCUCAACAUCUUCGAGCCCCAGGCGGAGAUCAUCGGUGCCCCGGACAUCCACGUGGACAUGGGCUCGGCUAUCAACCUGACGUGCGUGAUCAGCCACAGCCCCGAGCCGCCCGCCUACAUCUUCUGGUACCACAACGGCAAGGUGAUGAGCAUCGACUCCCCCAGGGGCGGCAUUACCGUGAUGACUGACCACGGCAACUCCACCAGCGGUUACCUGCUCAUACAGGAUGCUCAAACCUCAGACACGGGAAACUACACCUGCGCUCCCUCCAACACCGCCGCGGCCUCCAUCGGUGUCCACGUCCUCAACGGGGAGACUCCGGCCGCAAUGCAGACCAACGGAGCGGAGUCUGUGCUCUCCCGUCCGGCUCAGGUGAUGCUCCUCGCCCUACUCUCGGUGCUGGCGGCGGGACAUUUACACCAGCCCUUUACUGACGGCGGGAAAGGGAUGGCGGCUGCAGCAGGGGGCGUUGUGAAAGGCCUUCUCAGCUGGGCUAAUCUCGUGUCCUCCUCAUCGCUCUCGCCUCUCCCGCCCAGAAGUCUGUUCACGUAGAGGGCUUAGGGUCCAUCUUCGCCCCUCUUUUCACUCUUUUUUGCUCCCAUCAACCCACUCCCCCGCCACCAGUGCCUUGUGUGUGUGUGUGUGUGUGUGUGUGUGUGUGUGUGUGUGUGUGUGUGUGUGUGUGUGUGUGUGUGUGUGUGUGUGUGUGUGUGUGUGUGUGUGUGUGUGUCACUGUGUAAGUGUGUCACUGUGUAAGUGUGUCAGUGUGUCGUUGAGUGUUGUAUGUGUACGUCAGAAAAGCCCCUUCGGUCCGUGCCUCGGCCAGUUUCUCAUUCCCUUGAAUCAUGCACACGCACACACACCGUCCCCUCCUCCUUUUCCUCCUCCUUUUCCUUUUCCUCCUCCUCCUUUUCCUCCUCUUCCUCCUCCUCCUCCUCAGUGUCCCUGCUCCAGUUUUUCAGAAUGUACAGAAGAACGACUACACCCAGUCUUUGUGUUAUUCUCUCCGUGAAGAGAACACUUGGUGCGCGACAACCGUCACACAGUAUACAUAAAGAAGGACAGUCGCUGCUCAGUAUCCGUACGUAGCGUAGCUAGACGCCGUCGAUGGAGUGAUAUUUUCGUAGUUACAAGACGUAAGAACAAGGGGUCGUGGGGAGUGUACGUUAACAACAACAACAAAGUCCUGACUUUAUACAUUUUCUAGUGAGGUGUAAAUACUUGAGUGUGUGUGUGAGUGUGAGAGGAAGGAACACGUUAAAGAUGUUGUUCGUUUAUAUGAUGUUUGUAAGAGCGUCCCUUUCGGCGCCUCCGUGGCCGGGACGGAGGCUGCGUGUGCGGCCUCGUCCCCGCCAGGGACACCCGCGAGCCCGAUGCGGCCGCAUCACGCCCGAGACGGUUUGUGUACCUUGUGUCAAGGCUGUCCAGAGCCUCGCCCGGGAGGGAGGCUGAGCGGCGCCGCGGGUGUCGAUCUGGAGCGGCCGCCGCGCCCCUCGCCGCCGCGGCUCAGUGUCUCGAGAAUCUGUGUUGAGUGGUAACAAGCUGUGCGCCUCCCUGUAGUUCCCUGGCCGCCAGGGUCACGACGCGCGGCAGAGCACCACCUUGCAGGCGUGCCUCGCGGCGCGGCGGGCCACCACAGUGUGUAGCGACCUAGUUCACCGAGCACCCCACCCGUACCUCUGCCGCCAGGCACACCUUUAUAUUGGCAAUGUAUGUUUUCGUCUGUGCAUAGAAGUUUCUCCAUAUUUGUUUAGAGAAUCCACCAAGCUACUAAGCUUUCUCCUGUAUAUUUUCUUUGUAAAUAAAGGACUGCCCGGGAGUCUCCGGUGGCAGAGAUAGGAACACGCUUUUCCUUAACCUUUUGGACAGGGAUGACGAGACCUGCCGGGUAUGCAGGGCUUGGAGGGAGGAGUGUGUGGGGCCGUGCCGGGAGGUGAGGGGGGUGGCGUGGUGGGCGGGA